AUGUUGAACAUGAGCUCCGGCCAGGAGCAGGCUCCCGAUGGCCCCUGCAGCCCGGCGGGCACUGCCAGCUCCAUGUCCCACGUUUCGGACUCCGACUCGGACUCUCCGCUGUCCCCGGCCGGCUCGGAGGGGCGAGGAUCGCUCAAGGGCCCCGGGAUCUCCAAGAAGGACCCGGACGGCGGGACCAUGGACGAGAGGUUCCCCGCCUGUAUCCGGGAGGCCGUGUCCCAGGUGCUGAAGGGCUACGACUGGUCCCUGGUGCCCAUGCCGGUCCGGGGAUCCGGCUCUCUCAAAACCAAGCCUCAUGUCAAGAGACCGAUGAACGCCUUCAUGGUGUGGGCACAGGCUGCCCGGAGGAAGCUGGCCGACCAGUACCCCCACCUACACAACGCCGAGCUCAGCAAGACCCUGGGGAAGCUAUGGCGUUUACUGAGUGAAAGUGAGAAACGUCCUUUCGUCGAGGAGGCCGAGAGGCUGCGGAUUCAGCACAAGAAAGAUCACCCUGAUUACAAGUACCAGCCUCGCCGGAGGAAGAGCGUAAAAGCUGGCCAGAGUGACUCAGAUUCUGGAGCUGAGCUUGGCCACCACCCUGGAUCUCAGAUGUACAAGUCUGAUUCUGGAUUAGGAGGGAUGGGAGAUGGACAUAUGCAUGGAGAUCAUGCAGGUCAAAAUCAUGGUCCUCCAACUCCACCAACCACCCCAAAGACAGACCUUCACCAUGGCGGUAAACAGGAGCUGAAGCAUGAAGGACGGAGGAUGUUGGAUAAUGGGAGACAGAACAUUGACUUCAGUAAUGUGGACAUUAACGAGCUGAGUAGUGAGGUGAUAAACAACAUCGAGACUUUCGACGUUCAUGAGUUUGACCAAUACUUGCCUCUAAAUGGGCAUGGAGCACCACCUUAUGGAGCACCUUAUACACACGCAGCUGGAACUACGCAAGCACCUGUCUGGUCACACAAAAGUCCUUCAACGUCCUCAUCUCCAGAGUCUGGUCAACAGAGGCCUCACAUCAAGACAGAGCAACUGAGUCCUAGUCAUUACAGUGACCAGUCCCAUGGGUCACCUACUCACUCUGACUACAGCUCCUAUAGUGCCCAAGCUUGUACUACAACUGUGCCUAGCUCUACGGUACCAAAUUCUUUCCCCAGCUCUCAGUGUGACUACACAGACCUUCCAAGCUCUAACUACUACAAUCCCUAUUCUGGCUAUCCAUCCAGCUUGUAUCAGUACCCAUAUUUUCAUUCCUCCCGGCGCCCCUAUGCCACACCUAUCCUCAACAGUCUUUCCAUUCCGCCCUCACACAGUCCUAAUUCCAACUGGGACCAGCCAGUUUACACAACUUUGACAAGGCCUUAA